GUAAACUCGUAUUCUUCGAAAUUGGUAGGGCAGAAAAAACCAAAAAGAAAAGGCGUUUCGUUCUCACGCAAAGCUUUUGCUCUAGCUUGAAAUUCUGCUUUGGUGUUACUCUUCUUCAGUAAAACCAACUCAUUUUCUUCUUUAGAAGACAUGGGGAAAGCUUCUCGGGACAAAAGGGAUAUCUACUACCGAAAAGCCAAAGAAGAAGGAUGGCGUGCGAGAAGUGCGUUUAAGCUUCUUCAGAUUGAUGAUGAAUUUAACAUUUUCGAAGGAGUGAAGAGAGUUGUAGAUUUAUGUGCUGCACCUGGUAGCUGGAGUCAGGUCUUAAGUCGUCAGUUAUAUCUUCCUGCAAAGUCCUCAGCUGAAUCAAAAGAAGGAGACCUUCCUCUUAUUGUGGCCAUAGAUUUGCAGCCUAUGGCUCCAAUUGAAGGUGUCAUCCAGGUUCAAGGUGACAUAACUAAUGCUCGGACUGCCGAAGUGGUCAUCAGACACUUCGACGGUUGCAAGGCUGAUCUCGUUGUUUGUGAUGGUGCUCCAGAUGUUACCGGUUUGCAUGACAUGGAUGAAUUUGUCCAGUCCCAACUCAUACUAGCGGGCUUGACAAUUGUUACCCAUGUUCUAAAAGAAGGUGGAAGAUUUAUUGCGAAGAUAUUCCGUGGAAAAGAUACAAGUCUCUUGUACUGUCAGCUGAAGUUGUUUUUCCCAACUGUUACUUUUGCGAAACCGAAAAGCAGCCGCAAUUCUAGUAUAGAGGCUUUUGCGGUCUGCGAAAAUUACUCUCCACCAGAAGGAUUUAACCCGAGAGAUCUGCAUCGUCUCUUGGAGAAAGUUGGAAGCCCUUCAGGUGGAAGCGAUCUCGAUUGCAGUAGUGGUUGGCUUGAAGGACCCAACAAAGUGUAUAUUCCAUUCUUGGCAUGUGGUGACUUAACCGGUUAUGACUCAGACCGGUCUUAUCCACUCCCAAAAGAAGCAGAUGGAUCGUCAUACCAGAGUUUGGACCCGGUUCAGCCUCCGAUUGCACCGCCGUAUAAACGAGCUCUAGAACUCAAGAAAGCUUCGACACAAAGCAUCCGAGACCCUUGAGGUAAUACAAACAAACUAAAAGAAGAAACCUUUUCAUUGGAUUCUUUAAAAGGCUGUAGUAAUGUUCAGGGACCUACAAUUUUCUGAAACGCUUCAUGUUGUUUGUUAUGAUGAGGUUAUUAUUUAUUAUAUGUAUUUUUUUUUUUACUUUUUAUUAUUGAAUCGGAAGUUUAAAAAUUCAGUAUUGUUGCUUUUUAUUUUCUCUACCAGGAAGACAAAAUAUUGGGUCAAUAAAGAAGAAGCUUUUUCUGUCUUAUGGUCCUUUGAUUUCGACCCCUCUUUUUGAAUUCUAAACUGGG